ACCUCCUAAAAAGGCGUGGCUUCACCUGUGGGCAGGGCCACACUGAGCCUAUAUAAAAGAGUUGCGCACGUCUAAGGUUUGUCGUGGUACCGAGACAAAGCGUCAGUUCAGUCUUGAAAUUCAUCUCCUUAUUACAAGGUGCAAUGGCAAAGCGUGUAGCAGUGAUCCUUGCUGGCUGUGGAGUUUAUGAUGGAACUGAGGUCCAUGAGGCUUCUGCUGUACUGGUACAUCUUAGUCGGGCUGGUGCCAAGGUCCAGAUGUUUGCACCUAAUGCUGAGAUGAUGCAUGUUGUAAACCACUGCGAAGGAAAACCUGUGGCAGACAAACGCAAUGUGAUGCAGGAGAGUGCUCGCAUUGCUCGAGGAGAAAUCACUGACCUGGAAAAGCUUGAUGUGUCUAAUCAUGAUGCUAUCAUCAUUCCAGGAGGCUUUGGAGCAGCUAAGAAUCUCAGUGACUGGGCCACAGAGGGAAAGGCUUUUUCAGUGAAGCCCCUGGUCGAGAAGGUCAUCAAAAGUUUUCACCAGGCUGGAAAACCUCUGGGCAUGUGCUGCAUUUCUCCAGUACUUGCAGCCAAAGCUAUUCCUGGCUGUGAACUUACUGUCGGCCAUGACAAAGAGUGUGAGAAAUGGCCAUAUGCUGGUACAGCUAAGACACUGGUGGAGCUGGGCUCUAAGCAUGUAAAUAAGCAUGUGGGAGAAGUGCAUGUAGAUAAGAAAAAUAAACUAGUGACUACUUGUGCUUUCAUGUGCAAUGCCCCGUUACAUGAGGUAUAUGAUGGAGUGGGAGUAAUGGUAACAGAAGUUCUUAAACUUGCCUGAUUUGGCGUUUUAAAACUCUAAUUUAACAUUCAAUUACACAUUUAAGGACCCACUUUAUUCACGGUGAACAUAGUAUUCAUUGUGGUUUUUUAUUAGCUGAAAAAUGGUUUCAAACAAUAAUAACUGAAUGAUGUGCUUACAAUUUGGAUAUGUGCAUUUAAUAAAACAUUCAAAUAAAGCCUAUGUUUGUGUGAUAUUAAA